UGGAACUGAAAAUGGGGAAACUUACACUUAUAGCAGGCUUGGGCUUGGUGCUCUGCCAUGUCGCCUUUUCCAUGGAGAUGGCCUGCUACUUCACAAACUGGUCCCAGUACAGACCUGGAAUUGGGAAGUAUAUGCCCUCAAAUGUCGACCCCUUCCUUUGCACGCACCUUAUCUAUGCUUUCUCAAUCAUCAACUACGCCAACGAGCUUGUCACUUAUGAGUGGAAUGAUGAGACCCUCUACAAGUCCUUCAAUAACCUCAAGAAUAUAAAUCCCCAUCUUAAGACUCUUUUAGCUGUUGGUGGAUGGAACUUUGGUUCAACACAGUUCUCCAUCAUGGUGUCCACUCCAGCAACCCGUCAAAAGUUCAUCAAGUCUUCCAUCGCGUUUUUAAGAACUCAUGGAUUCGAUGGUCUGGACUUGGACUGGGAAUACCCUGGAUCAAGAGGGAGUCCUCCCGAAGACAAACAGAGAUUCACACUGCUGUGCAAGGAACUUGUUGAGGCCUAUGAGGCAGAGAGCAAAGCUUCUGGCAGACCUAAACUAAUGCUGACUGCUGCUGUAGCAGCUGGCAAAGGAACAAUUGAUGCUGGAUAUGAGAUUGCAGAGAUUGCCAAGUACCUGGACUUUAUUAAUAUCAUGACUUAUGACUUCCAUGGAACUUGGGAAAGAUUCACAGGACACAACAGCCCACUGUACCAGGGGUCAAAAGAUGAGGGAGACCUGAUCUAUUUCAAUACCGAUUUUGCUAUGAGCUACUGGAGGGACAAUGGCACCCCUGUGGAGAAACUCAGAAUGGGUUUCGCAACAUACGGUCGCACUUUCCGUCUGACAACUUCAGAAACUGGAGUUGGAGCCCCAGCAAGUGGACCUGCUGCAGCUGGAGCCUACACUCGUGAGGCUGGAUUCUGGUCUUACUAUGAGAUCUGUGGCUUCCUAGAGGGAACAAACAUCCAGUGGAUUGAUGAUCAAAAGGUGCCUUAUGCCACAAAGAACAAUGAAUGGGUUGGAUUUGACACCAAGGAGAGCUAUGAAACUAAGGUCCGUUAUCUGAAAGACAAGAAAUUUGGAGGAGCCUUUGUGUGGGCCCUUGAUCUGGAUGACUUUGCUGGACAAUUCUGUAGACAGGGAAACCAUCCUUUAAUGGUCCAUCUACGCAAUCUUCUAGAUAUUGUGCCUACACUGCCUCCAGCCACCACCACAAGACCUGGUGAACCAACUACAAGUACCACCACAACUACCACAACAACCACUCAUGCUCCAGGACCAGGAUUUUGCAAUGGAAAGCCAGAUGGACUCUACCCCCAUCCUGAGGACCCAGUGAAGUUUUAUAACUGUGCAGGAGGCAAUUCUUACCUGAGUUCCUGUUCUGCAGGCACAGUGUUUGAUGACAGAUGUAAGUGCUGUAGUUGGCCCAAACACUAACAGAUCGCUAAUGUACAAUCUAAUGACAAACCAUAUACGAACUCUGGACAAAACAGGACACUGAGAAUUUGCAUUUGCACACAAAAGCAACUUUAAAUAGGAGCAUUAGUAUAGACUGCAAAUAAUUCCUUAUUGUGUCUUCAUCCCAUUUGAAUGUACUGUAUAUUGAAACUGUAUUAAGCCUCUUUUUGAAUGACUGCUUUGUCAAUUUGUUUCUUUUUUCUUUUUUCUAUGAAGAAAUUAAUAAACUAUCUUGUCAUU